GAUACUAAAGUCAGACGUGCAGUGCUGAAAAAGACCUUUGCAGUUUAUACACGGGGAACAUGGACGCUGAAGUGAUGGAAGACAUUAUCUUGCUAGUGCUGGUCACUCUUCUCAGCGUUGUUCAGAAUGUGUUCUUCGCCCUAAAGGUUGAGAAAGAGUGCACAGGGAUUCAUUCUAAACAACAUUCGACAGCUUUUGAGCGUUUGUCCUGUGCAAAUCGAAACUGCAUGGAUACAUACCCCACAUUUCUGGCAGUUCUGUGGUGCGCUGGUUUCUGCCUCAGCCAAGCUCCAGCUGCCUUUGCUGGCAUUCUCUACCUUGUGGUCCGGCAGAAGUAUUUUGUUGGCUACCUGGGGCAGACUUGUCAGAGCACUCCUGGCUUCCUGUUCGGGAAACGAAUUCUCUUUUUCCUGUCACUCAUGUGCAUUGUGGGAAUCAUAAAUCACCUGAUGCUCACCUAUGGCAGCAGUGACUACAAAGAAUACAUUCAGACCAUCACCAAAGCAGCGUCAACCCUUCUGCUCUUGCCAUGAACUGUGCCAGACAGAUUUAACUUCCCCUGAGCUGAAACUGAAAAUACAGUAGUCAACAUUCAAAGCAUCAAAAAAGUAUUGUUCAAAAUUCAUGAAUAACUUUGAUGAAAGGUUUUGGUCCACUUCAAAUAUUGACUACCGCAUAUCGAUCGAUCGGUGUAGAUAAACUAUUUCAGUUAAGGGUUUGUCAGUUAGUCAGAGGAUGUGACGAGAAAAGAGUAAAGCAUUGAUCACAAAGCAUUUAAUUGCAAAAUGUUAUAUACAUAUUAUAAACACUUAAAAAUCAACACAAGAGGAUACAAAAAUAAAAUAGGGCUGAUCUAAUUAGUACCAUUCUAGUAAAAUGUUUUUGAAGAAAUGUUUUAAAGGCCUCAUAUAAUGCUAGUUUAAUUUCACACUUUUCUCUGAACUUUAGAUUUAAAUUGGUCAGUUUUUUGCUACUGUGCCUUUAAACGUACCAAGUUUUGCUCAUGCACUGGAUUGCAGGUUUCCUGUGAGGUGAAAUAUAGUUAUAUAAUAUAAAUCAACAGCGUCUUUGCAAAGUCAGCAUUCAAAUGAUCAGACUAUCAUGGUGAGGGUCCUUGUUCAAAAUAAACUUUGCAAGUUUCUAACGAUUCUCUGGAAGUACAUGCAAAGCAGUAUUUGCUACACACAGCCAGAAACGGCACAUGAAAUGUGUAAACUCAGAGGGUAAUGUGAUGUUUUGCUCUGUGUCAUCAGAAAUAUGCAGAAUUAUCUAGUUGAUCAUUUUAUCCCUUAAAACUCAUCUUUAAUCACCAAAAUGACAUAUUUUAAUGUUUUGUCCUUUCUUCAUACCUUAAAAUAGCUUAAACGGAACGCUAAACCCUUGCCUCAUUUAUUUAACACGGUUCUUUGAAUAUGCAAAUUAGCCCCGCCCCCACUUACUCACACCAGCUCCACUUGUCAUUUAAAGCAAUGAAUGUAGUUACUGUGAAGUAACAAAUAUAACCUAUUUCAAAAAGUGCUGUAACUACCUUGAGUUUGUGAGUAUUUAUGAAAUUGACCUCAACAGAAUUAUAAUUAUAGAAAUAAUCCAUUUCUUUAUGAUCGUAUGUACUAUUACUAACAUGAGCAAAAUAAAA